AUGGGCAACACCAAUCUUUCAGGUGCUAUCCCGUCUACUGUGGGAAAUCUUCAAAAUCUAGCAUAUCUGAGACUCUCGAAUAACAAUCUAUCGGGGGAAAUUUCAUCCUCUUUCCAAAAGAACAAGAAAUUGAUUGCACUGUUUCUUGAUAGGAAUCACUUCCACGGCCACAUUCGUUCACAUCUGGAUCAGUGUCAAAAUCUCAUGCAGCUCGAUCUUUCUAACAACAACCUCAAUGGUUCCAUAUUUCCAGCAGUUAAAACCCUCCUCAUUCUGAAUUUGUCGUACAACCGUUUGAGUGGGGCCCUUCCAGCAGAAGUAGGACAAAUGGACCAUAUAAAUACUUUGGACAUUUCAGGCAAUAUGUUUAGUGGUGAAAUUCCAAGCACUCUAGGCGAUUGUAAUGGACUGCUAAUAUUAGUAAUGAAGGAUAACUACUUCCAGGGAUCCAUUCCUCUAUCAUUUAGCUCAUUAAGAAGUAUUGAGAUAUUGGAUCUUUCCAAUAAUAAUCUGUCAGGUGAGAUUCCGAAGUUUUGGGAGGCAUUUGACUUCUUGGAAAUUCUGAAUUUAUCCUAUAACAAUUUUGAAGGGGUGGUUAUUGUUCUGGUUUUUGUGUUUGUCUGUUGGUUGAAGAAGAAGAAAGCACAAAAGCAAACUUCAAGUUCCAUAGGUAAUACUUGGCAAAACUUAUCUUAUCGAACCCUCCGCAGAGCAACUGAUGGUUUUUCUUCCACUAAUUUGAUCGGUGUUGGAAGCUUUGGAUCUGUUUACAAGGGAAUACUCCAAGAGAAUGGGACUAAUGUUGCUGUGAAGGUGCUUAAUUUAACAUGUCAUGGUGCUCUGAAGAGCUUCAAAGCCGAGUGUGAGACUCUAAAGUGUAUCAGACACCGAAGUCUUUUAAAGGUACUAACAGUAUGCUCAAGUACUGAUUAUGACGGGAACGACUUUAAGGCUUUGGUCUAUGAGUUCAUGGUCAAUGGUAGCCUCAAAGAGUGGUUGCACCCAAAUCCAAUUCCAGCUGAUGCAGUUGGGCCUCCAAAACAUUUGAGUCUCAUCCAAAGGAUGAAAAUUUCCAUUGACAUUACUUUUGCAUUGGAUUAUCUUCAUAACCAAUGCCACAGCACCAUAGUUCAUUGUGAUCUAAAGCCAAGCAAUGUCCUUUUAGAUGCUGAGAUGGUUGGACAUGUCGGUGACUUUGGAUUGGCAAAGUUCGUCCUUGAAUCCACAUCUUACACAAACACAAAUACAAGCUCAGCUGGCUUGAGAGGAACAAUUGGUUAUGUUGCUCCAGAAUAUGGAAUGGGAAGUGCGGUUUCGAUUGAAGGUGAUGUCUAUAGUUAUGGCAUCCUUUUACUAGAGAUGUUCACAGGAAUCAGUCCCACGGCCGAGAUAUUCAAAGAAAGUUUGAACCUUCAUAAUUUUGUUGAUGAAGCUUUGCCUGAACAAGUCCUAGAGAUUACCGAUCCCAUUUUAGUUCAAGAAGUAGAGAGCGUCGCAAGCCAAAGUGGGAAGAGCACAAUCCAGAAUUGCCUGCUAAUGGUCUACAGAAUUGGGAUCGCCUGCUCAGUUGGAGUCCCCGGAGAGCGAAUGAACAUCACAAAUGUAGCAACCCAACUAUGUUCGAUUAGGGAUAGGCUUCACACAACUGGUUUACCAAGAUAG